UUUCGGAGCAUCUGUGAGAACGCCGAGCCGCGGCGGCUGCGGGCUGCGGGCUGCGGGCUGCGGGCUGCGGGCUGCGGGCUGCGGGAGCGCCACAGGAGCUGAGCGCCAGCCGAGCGAGGCCGAAGGACAGCUCCACAAGGAUGAACACGAGGAGCAGCGUAACCAAGCCCUGGAGUUCCGUGGUCAGAGUGGGCAGCCAUGGCCCCGACAGGGCACGUCCCCUCUCGGCAGCCUCAACUGGCAUGAAGAGUUCCAAGUCUUCAACCUCCUUGGCUUUUGAGUCCCGGCUCAGCAAGCUCAAGAGAGCCAGUAGCGAGGACAUGCUCAACAAGCCAGCAGGAGGCAGCACUUCUGGGGCCGUUAGACUGAAGAAGACCGCGACGUCCGGAGCCAUCUCGGAGCUGGCCGAGAGCCGGCUGAGGAGCCACCCAGGGACUGCUACAACAACCAAACGGACAGGCAUUCCAGCCCCCCGGGAACUUUCGGUGACCACUUCAAGAGAGAGGUCUGUGCCACGUGGUCCCUCCAAUCCCAGGAAAUCAGUGUCCAGUCCAACUUCUUCCAGCAACCCUACUCCUACCAAGUACCUGAGGACUACUUCCGCAAAACCCAAGCAAGAGAAUGAAAGUGGGGAGAAGGCGGUGCUUGAGUCUCAAGUUCGAGAACUUCUGGCAGAAGCCAAAGCCAAAGACAGUGAAAUCAACAGGCUGCGAAGUGAACUUAAGAAAUGCAAAGAGAAAAGGGCGCUGAGCCCCGAAGGAGCGGGCGCGUCAGACCCGGGUGUCGCUGUGACACUGGUCCCCGCAGGGGCCCCAGAACCUCUGAUCAGAGCUCUCGAGGAGAAGAACAAGGACUUUCAGAAAGAACUAGCCUUUCUAGAGGAAGAAAAUCGAGCCUUAAAGGAGAAAUUGACCUACCUGGAGCAGUCUCCAAACUCAGAAGGGACAGUAAGUCAGACUGGCGACAGCAGCUGCCCGGCAUCCCUAACUCAGGAGUCAAGCUUCGGAAGCCCGACAGGACAGGAGCUGUCGAGUGAAAUCGAGGAAUAUAAAAAAAGCUCCCAUGAAAAUGCGUUACGGACGUCGGGCUCUUCCAGCAGCGAUGUCACCAAGGCCUCCCUGUCGCCAGAUGCCUCUGACUUUGAGCAUAUUCCGGCUGAUAUCCCCUCCCGACCCCUGUCCUCCAGCAGCAACCCUUUUAAGAGCUCCAAGUGCCCCACCGCUGGCAGUUCCCCCAACAAUGCGAGCGAGCUCUCCCUGGCCUCCCUCACAGAGAAGAUCCAAAAGAUGGAAGAAAACCACCACAGCACGGCGGAAGAGCUGCAGGCCACCCUGCAGGAACUGUCGGACCAGCAGCAGAUGGUGCAGGAACUGACAGCCGAGAAUGAGAAGCUGGUGGACGAGAAGACUCUGCUGGAGACCUCCUUCCAGCAGCAUCGGGAGAGGGCGGAACAGCUGAGUCAGGAGAAUGAGAAGCUCCUCAAUCUCUUACAAGAGCGAGCGAAGAACAACGAGGAGCCCAGCGCCCAGGAGGGAAAGCUGCAGGAGCUGGAGCAGAAGUGCACGGACAUCCUGGAGCAGGGCCGCUUCGAGAGGGAGAAGCUGCUCAGCAUCCAGCAGCAGCUCACCUGCAGCCUGCGCAAGGUGGAGGAGGAGAACCUGGGGGCUCUGGAAACCAUCAAACGCCUCAAGGGCGAGAACGAAAAGCUGAACGGGGUCCUCGAAGUGGAGCGGCGUAACAACAGCGCGAUGGCGAAAACUCUGGAAGAAUGCAGAGUGUCCUUGGAAGGCUUGAAGGUGGAGAAUGGGUCUUUGAAGGCUCAUCUGGAGGGCGAGAAGCAAAAAACUAUAGCUGCCAGUACCCCGGGGCAGAAGGCAGAGAGCUGUGAAAUGCAAGAACUGCUCAAAGCGGCCCGAGCCGAGAAGGAUCAGCUGGAACUAUCCUGCACUGAUCUCAGACAGGAGUUGCUGAAGGCCAGUGGUGAAAUUAAGCGUGUUUCCAGCUUACUGGCCAAGGUGGAAAAGGAUUACUCCGACCUGAAGGAAGUAUGUGACCGUCAAGCCGAACAGCUGAGCAGGACCAGCCUGAAGCUGCAGGAGAAAGCAUCAGAGAGUGACGCUGAGAUAAAAGACAUGAAAGAGACCAUAUUUGAACUGGAGGACCAGGUGGAGCAGCACCGGGCCGUCAAGUUACAGAACAAUCAACUCAUCAGUGAGCUAGAAAGUAAUGUGAUGAAGCUGGAGGAGCAGAAGUCUGACUUGGAAAGGCAGCUGAAGAUGCUGACAAAGCAGAUUAAGGAGGAGACUGAGGAAUGGAGGCGGUUCCAAGCAGACCUGCAGACCGCCGUGGUGGUGGCCAAUGACAUCAAGUGUGAGGCCCAGCAGGAGCUGCGUACUGUGAAGAGAAGGCUCCUGGAAGAGGAGGAGAAGAACGCCAGGCUGCAGAAGGAGCUGGGCGACAUGCAGGGCCACGGCAGACCUGUGAAUGAACAGCCAGAGUCCUCGGAGGCAGACGUGACAGGCCGGUGGCACAAUGGCUACGCCAGCAGGACAUCCCCAGCACCUUCCGAAUCAACCACCACUGUCAAGUCGCUGAUCAAGUCGUUUGACUUGGGACGCUCAGGUGGAGGUGGGCAGAAUAUUUCUGUACAUAAGACCCCUAGGAGUCCCCUAAGUGGAAUACCAGUGCGGACUACCCCAGCAGCUGCUGUGUCUCCAAUGCAGAGGCAUUCAGCUUACGGCAGCCUGCGUCCAGGCAGCAAAGGAGUUACUCAACGCCUGGAUCUUCCAGACCUUCCCCUGUCAGAUCUUCUGAAGGCCAGGACCGAGGACCUGAAGCCUGACCCUUACCUCCGAAAGAGUCCCUCGCUGGAGUCACUGAGCAGACCCCCGUCGCUGGGCUUCGGGGCCACCAGACUGCUGAGCGCUUCCACUGGGGGGCUGAAACCACAGAGCAAACUCAGUGUGGAAAGAAGAGACCCUCUGGCAGCCUUGGCUCGGGAAUAUGGUGGCUCCAAGCGCAACGCACUGCUGAAGUGGUGCCAGAAGAAGACGGAAGGUUAUGCGAACAUUGAUAUCACCAAUUUCAGCAGCAGCUGGAGCGACGGCUUGGCCUUCUGUGCCCUACUGCACACCUACCUGCCUGCCCACAUCCCCUACCAGGAGCUCAACAGUCAAGAGAAAAAGCGGAAUCUCUUGUUGGCAUUCGAAGCAGCUGAGAGUGUGGGCAUCAAACCCAGCCUGGAGCUCAGCGAGAUGCUGUACACAGACCGGCCUGACUGGCAGAGCGUGAUGCAGUACGUGGCCCAGAUCUACAAGUACUUUGAGACCUAAACGCAGAGGGGCCAAGAGCUGCGGGCACCUGCAGUUUGUCCUGGAAGCACUUGUCAUCGUCCACCGACCCCACUCUUUCCACCACCCCACAGGCUGGAUCUCCAAGGAAAGCUCACGCCUGGUGGACCAACAUGCAAAUAAGAAACAGAGCUGGGCUCUGCUGCGUAGCCAGGUCAAAUGCAAACGUGACUGGAGUGUAGGUUGGGGAAUCCGGGCUCUGCAGUGGGAUGCUUCUGAGGAGUGUGGCCUUCCUCCACCCACACCAAGAUCCUCGGUCCCGGCUUCGCUCCGCUUCCUUCACCAGUCCUGCCUGCUGACCUCACACAAACCCGCACAGCAUCCCUGACAGCACCUCCAAAUCAGGCUUGCUGUUUGUUUCCUAACAGCCCUGGCUCUCGUUUUUUUAAGAACGUUGCCUUUCCCAGUCCUCCCUCCCUUUCUUCCCCCUCCCCUGACCACACACAUGCGUGCACACACACACACAUACACACGAGACAUUUGCUUUGGAACAACCUAGAAACAGACACCAGCCCUGCCUUUUGGGGAACUCAAGUUCUAGGUGAGAAUGGGGACACCUGCGUGGAGCUUGAUCCGCAACUUCUAGGCUGGCAGAGACCCUGGGCGCUUUGCUGAAGGGCCCCGCUGGAGGUGUCCCACAGGCGAAAGUGCCCACUGACCUCCAGCAACUGUUAAUGCCCUGGAAGGGAAACCACAAGUAACAUCCACCCACGCCUGUUGACCUGCCCUUACCCACGCUCCCAUUCACACCCACGCACGUUUGUUCUCCACACACAGCCCAAGGGAGGGUCAUGUGGUUCAGUCUUCACUUAUUUGCACGAUGAAAGAGAUCAAGGGUGUGGGGGAUUCUAAGCCCUGUCUUUGAACUCUAGAAGGACUUGGUCCUCUGCACUUGGCUAGGCCUUUCACAUUUGCAUAGCAAAUAAAGGAGUCCUUGGGGGUGGCUGGGGUGGUUCUAUUUAUACUGAACCGAGAAGUGCACUUUCGCCCUCACCCUGCUGGUCACCCUCAGUGACAGAGGAGGCCUCCUGCACUGCCCCAUCCCCUGGGAGGUAUGCUCUGAGCAGUUCAGGGAACCACCCAGUGACUCUGUGAUAGUCCCCUUGGGUGAAUUUACACAGGCCAUAGAGGUAAAAAGCUCAGUACCCACCCCGUGCUGAUUAAAGUGCCAAAUACAGCGUCAGUGCCCUUCUGACCAAGGGUCCCUGAGAGAUGUGAAAUUACUGCCGCUGCCAUGUACAGUGAGCCUCUGGUGGCUAAUCGCAGCCUCUCCUCCAGAGCCAGUUCCUAGGGCUGCAGGUCCAGUCCUUGUGCUGGGCAGCCAGGCUCUUGAGGCUGCUGCAGUGCCCAGAACCAGCAUCUCCACCUCCCAGCCCUCCGUGGCUCCCAGCUGCGGCUCUGCUGGGACCUGCCAGGAGCUCCGGUAAACCCACCGCAGGCCCAUCCCAUCAGCUGAUCCUGAAUGUCUAGAGUGCGUCUGGAGGUGUAGUCUGCCCAUUUCCGGAGUCCUGCAGGCAACUCUGAUGCGUGCCCGUGGUGAGAGCCCCAGCCUGGACUGGCCCAGGGCUGUGUGGCUGCUGUUUAGAAACUAGCACUAAUUUACAUAACUGCCCCUUUGGUUCCUAAUGGAAGCUUGAACAAAUUGAACUUGCUCUUUCCUGAUGAGUGCGUCUCAGUGAAAAUCAUUACCUGUGUUGCUUCAUGCACCUGUCUCUGUUGACUCACCUGAUGCAUCUUCGAUAUCUCUAUGCUUCUGCUUCGCUCACCCCCCAAAUGGGGGUGGGGAGUGGCGGGGGCCACAACUGAAAUCUCAAGUUGCUGGGUCGAGCAGGUGGUGGCUGUGUUUAAGCUGGGAUUACUCCAGGGUUUUGUGUGGCGCAGGCAGCUGAGGCCCUGGGAUACGGGAGAGGUGGUUAGUUAGCAUACUGGCGUCCUGUUCUCAGUGAUUACAUAAAUGUUCUUGAAGGAGCUCUGGGCACAGCCAUCCCCAUGCUGGGUGAUGCAGCAUCCCUCUCUCUCCAUGCUGUGACCGAUGCCAGUCCUCCCCUGGGAGCCAGCCUCCAUGGCCAAACACUCAGCCCAGACACAGUUCUCAUCUGCAUCCUUUGCUUCCCGUAGGGUAAAAACAAAGAAGGAAAUGUCAUCUGAAAGAUCGUAUGCAGUUUGCUCUAUAAUUCCAGGAGCUUCCCCACCACCCUUCUGCCUGCCAGCAAGCAGGAGAGGGAUCCUCCAGGCCCAGCAGCCUCGCCCCUGCCCCCAGGCCAGAGGGUCAGCCUAGAGGCACAGAACAGAGGGCAACGCGGUCCCACCCAGGCUGGGCCAAGAGGACGGUUUCCAGUUCCAUCUUUCAUUAGGGUGCCCAGAGCACUCCACUGUGAAUAUAGAAAAGGGGCAAGCUGAGACAACAAGACGGCAGCAGCUGGCAUUUUCUUUAUUUCCAAUCUGCAGGUUUAUACCAUUCCCGGUUUUCUUUCUGGAGUGAGACUUUCAGAGGUCCCAGGAGCUGUGUUCCUCAAGCCAGAAACUAGUCACUCACUUGGCUUUUCCUUUAAAUGUCGUUUUUAUACCAAAACAAAAAAACACAAAACCUGAAGAAUGGAACAACUUUGUAAGACAUAAAGAGAAGUCCUCCGUGUGGUCCUCUGCAUUGCCAGUUGCUCUGCAGGUUGUAUUACAGCUGACCAAGGGUUGUGUGGUGGCCCCUGCCUCCAUGGGGGUGACGUUCCAUGGAACUUCUCCCAUCUCAGUCUCUUCUCACUGCCAGGAUGCUGCUGGUCUUUUGUUUCCAUUCUUCAGUUGUUGCACAGCAGGGACCUUCCACAGUGGAUGCCACAUGUGAGAGACAAAAAUAAAAUCAGUUCCGAAGUAAAAGGCCAGCUAGCAAGGGCAAUGAACAUUUAUAGGUUUCCUUUCCUGGCUGUCUUCAUCUCCUCCCAUCUCCCCAUGGAGGUGGGGAAUGACAGCAGGUGUGUCACCUACCAGUGGAGACCACGGACUAGGUAGUUUGAGCAACUCCACCAGCCUCAGUACUCACUCAGUGUCCCAAGGUUCCAGUGCCAUGUGAAUGACACAGGGUAAAGGCUGGACCCUUGGCAGCCUUUUAAAAAGUGUUUUGUUUGUUUGUUUAAUACCCGCCUUUGCCCAAGUUUCGCUCUAACCCAAGUUAGAGCUUGGCUAAAUCUGUAACAUCCUGAGUAGCUCACUAAUUUUAACUACAUUAGUUGAACGUAGUUGAUACAUCUGUGGCCUCGUUUCUAUAAAAAGCACAUUAGGCUAUACCAAGCGCUGUCAGGGUAUGACAUGCUGACAUAGAUGUAUUUAACUUAACAUGAAAGUGUAUAUUGCGUAUGAAUGUGUGAUAUUUCUAAUAAAUAUGUUUGUCUGA